AUGAUAUUUUGGAAAUCAAAUCCACCUUCUCCUCCUUGUCCAAACAUUAAAAUCCCUGAAGCAAGUGCUAAUUUGUUUUUUGUGCUUACUUUUUGGUGGGCCAACGAUUUAAUGAGCUUAGGUUAUAAAUGUCCUUUGGAAAAAGAUGAUCUAUAUGUUUUAGAUGAUGCAAGAUCUGCUAAAGUUAUUACCAAUAAGUUUGAAGUUGAAUGGAAAAAAGAAACUCAAAAAAUUGCAACGGGAAAGAAACCAUCUUUAUUAAAAGCUCUGUAUAAGGUUUUAUGGGCUAAAUUUUGCUUGGCUGGUGUUUGUAGAUUUGUUAGUGAUAUGUUAAUAGUUACUUCACCUUUGGUUUUAAAGUUAAUUUUGAAUUUUGUCUCUGAAGCAUACUUUGCCAACCUUAAUAAUGGUAUACAACCACCUGCAUAUGUUGGUUAUUUAUUAAUCAUUGCCAUGUUUUUAAUGCAAAUAGGUGCUGGUUUUGCUUGUUUAGUGUUAAUGGGUCCUAUGCAAGGAAGGAUUAUGUCUUUAUUAGCAUAUAACAGGGCUAAAGCUGCCGGUAUUACUAAUGAACAAGUAAAAUUAACUCAAGAGAUUUUGUUAGGUAUUAGAGUUCUUAAAUAUUAUGCUUGGGAAGAUAGUUUUGCUGACGCUCUUAAUAAAUUAAGAAAUAAAGAGAUUAGUAUAGUUAGGUUUUUGUUGAUUAUUAGAACUGUUAUUACUGGUGUUUCAAUGGUCAUUCCAGUAUUUGCUAGUAUCUUAUUAUUUAUAACAUUCUCAUUGACAGGAGGCACACUCAACACCAGAAUCGUAUUCUCUUCUUUGGCAUUAUUUAACCUUCUCCAAUUACCUUUAUUGUUUAUGCCAAUGGCUAUAGCUUCUAUAACUGAUGCCUAUGUAGCAAUUAAUCAGAUAAAUGAAUUUUUGCAGGCUGAUGAAUUAUCAGUUUUACUGGAAAUCAAUCCGGAUAAAAAAUAUGCUAUUAAAGUUACUGAUGAAUCAAAAACUAUAAAGAAAAAUAAUGAGAAGAAAAAUGAUACUUCAACUGUUGUUGUUAAUGAAAAAGUUUCAGUUUCAAUUGAUGAUAUUUCUGAGACCUAUAUGACUUUGAUUUCUACUGAUUUGGCUGAAAAUCUUAAUAAUUCUUAUCCACUUUUCCCAAUAUCUCAACUUCAUAACAUUAAUAUUUCAAUACCUUGUGGAAAGUUGAUUGCCAUUAUUGGUUCUGUAGGGUCUGGUAAAUCUUCACUAUUGUCUGCAAUAGUUGGCGAAAUGAAAAGAGUUAAAGGAGAAAUUUUAUUUGGUGAAAACAUUGGGUACUGUCCUCAAACUGUGUGGAUUCAAAAUGCUACACUCAGGGAUAAUAUUACUUUUGGAUUACCAUUUAAUGAAGAAAAAUAUCAACAAGUAAUUAAAGAUUGUUGCCUGGAACCAGAUUUAAAAGUGUUGCCUGCUGGUGAUUUAACUAAAAUUGGAGAGAAAGGAAUUAAUUUAUCUAGAGGACAAAAACAACGUGUCAGCAUCGCAAGUGCUGUGUAUUAUAAUGCCAAUAUUAUAUUAUUAGAUGAUCUAAUAUCAGCAGUUGACCCGCAUGUUGGAAAAUAUUUGUUUACAAACUGUAUUCAAGGCACACUUGCUAAAAAAACACGUUUACUUGUCACACAUCAUUUACAUUAUCUUCCACAAGUCGAUUAUAUAAUAUGUAUGGAAGAAGGUAAAAUCGUUGAACAAGAGAAUUAUGAUGAAUUAAUAAAAAAUAGGAAAACCUUUACAAAAUUGAUUACUGAAUAUG